CGUCCUUAAAUACGGCCCUCCCCGCCCGCGCGAAGCUGAGCCUUGGGGCGGAGUGUGCGUGGCGUGAGGGCGCACCCCGACCUGCCCCGCCGCGGAGCGAGUUAAGUGUAGAUGCUGGAGGGAUCCUGCCUGUGCUGAAGCCGUCGCUGCUUCAGCAGAAUUGGGUGCUAGAGUAAAGUGGAAAUCUAGAAGGAUGAACUCGUGUGUGUCCAUGAGCGAACCAAAGCUGAACUGGGAUGUUUCCCCAAAAAACGGCCUGACAACGUUUUUCUUACGAGAAAACUAUAAAGAACAUUCCAUGGCUCCAAGUUUAAAAGAACUGUGUGUUUUGGCUAACAGCCCCGUAGGGGGAAAUCUGAACGCCUCAGCAAGUUCUGGAGAAAGCGAGCCGGCACUCAGUUCAGCAGCGCCCGCGAGGGAAAACGCCAAGGCCCGAGUCGGGAUGAUCCUGCUGCCCAAGCCCAGAGUGCCUUACCCCCGCUUCUCUCGCUUCUCGCAGAGGGAGCAGAGGGGCUACGUGGACUUGCUGGCCAAGCACGCCCAGACGCCCGCCAGUGCCAGAGCUGCUGCCCUGGACGAGAGUGAGCGCCUGCGGUUCUUGGAUAUGAAAAAGCACGUAAAUGAAGAAGUUACUGAAUUCCUAAAAUUUUUGCAAAAUUCUGCAAAGAAAUGCGCGCAGGACUACGAAAUGCUGUCGUGUGACGCGCAGCGUCUGACAGAGCAAAUUUUAAGAGCUUGCAUUGAACAAGUAAAAAAGUAUCCAGAACUUUACACUCUUCAUGAAGUCACCAGCUUAAUGGGGUUCUUCCCGUUCAGAAUAGGGACAGGAUUAAAAUUAGAGAAAACCCUCCUUGCACUGGGCAGUGUGAAGUUUGUGAGGACAGUGUUCCCCUCAAUGCCUGUGGUCUUAAAGCUCUCAAGAAGCAGCGCGCCCCCUGCCGAAAGCCCGCAACAGAUCGCCGAAGCCGUGCACUACGAUAUUAGUAAAGAUCCAAACGCAGAGAAGCUGGUUUCAAGAUACCACCCUCAGAUAGCUCUCACAAGCCAGGCAUUGUUCACUUUAUUAAAUAAUCACGGACCGGACUACAGAGAGCAGUGGGAGAUUCCAGUCUGCGUUCAGGUUAUACCUGUUGCAGGUUCCAAACCAAUUAAAGUGAUUUAUAUUAAUUCCCCACUUCCUCAGAAGAAAAUGACGAUGAGAGAGAGAAAUCAGAUCUUCCAUGAAAUCCCAUUAAAAUGCAUGAUGUCCAAAAACUCGUCUGUUCCGGUCUCUGCGGUGUUUAUGGACAGACCCGAAGAGUAUAUAUCUGAAGUGGACAUAUCCAGUGAAGUUAAUGAGUACCGAAAAAUUGAGACUCUCACAAGCGUGGACCUGGACUUUGAUGAUGAUGUCACAGAACUUGAGACCUUCGGAGUGACGGCCACCGACCCUCCCACGUCACCCGGCCCAGCACGUGCUUGCUCAGUCCCCAUCGCGACAGAUGCUCACCCCGCCCCUAAAGCAGCCACGGCCUCGGCUCCAGCUGCAGCAGACGCCUGCGAGAAUUCUCGAAGUUUGUCUCGGAUCCUGAUGGAACAGCUGCAGAAGGAGAAACAGCUGGUCAUCCGUAUGGAAAGUGGCCCCGAGGAGCGCAGAGAUAAAGGUGACCAGGGACCUGGCCCGUGCGGCGACAGGGUGUCCAGUUCCACUACGUCUGAAGCCUCACAGCCGGAAGGCCCUAAGGGAAUCGAAGGUGCUGAUGCGAGGGAUGUGGCUGCAAGAGUGGCGGGUGCUGGAGAAGGAGCGCUCCAUCCCCUGGAGGACAGGGACCGGCCGAGGGAAAAGCCUGCUCCGUCAGAACCUGCUGGCGCUGAGAGAGGCCUUCCUUGCGGCAGUGACACGGACGAGGACUGCCUGGUCAUUGACACAGAGUGUAGGAGUAGCGGGGACGGGCCGGCAGCUGCUUCCAGUUCUCAUCCGAGUUCUAGGCCCGCGAGCCCAAAUCCCUCCACAGGACCGGGGUCUGUGGGAAGCCAGACUAGCCCGGCUGUUACUCGUAAUCCUGAAGAGUUGUGUGUGUUAAAAAAGCCAAUCAAACGAGUAUAUACAAAGUUUGAUCCAGUUGGACAGAUAUUGAAAAUGCAGACUGAACUCUUAAAGCCAAUUUCCAGAAAAGAACCUGAACUGCUUUUGUUGAACUUAGAAAAUUCUAAACAGCCCCCUGCUUCUGAGCAGGCCUCUGCUCCUCUGCACGCCACCAGUUGGCCCAAGUCGGGGUGGCCUUCUGCGUUUCAGAAGCCGAAAGGACUGUCUAGCUUUGAACUUUUGAACAGUCUUACGGGAUGGUGUUCCAAGGAAUCCGUGUCCAUCGGGUGCUCAGUGGGACAAUUUCCGGUUUACAUACUGCCAAAAGUGGAGUAUCAGGCCUGUUAUGGAGUGGAAGCUUUGACGGAAAGUGAACUCUGUCGCCUGUGGACUGAGAGCUUGCUGCACUCUAACUGCUCCUUUUAUGUCGGACAUAUUGAUGCAUUCAGUUCAAAACUCUUUCUGCUAGAGGAAAUUACUUCUGAAGAAUUAAAGGAAAAGCUUUCCGCACCCAAGGUUUCAAGUUUAUUUAAUGUCCUACAACAUAUUCUGAAAAAAUUAAGUAGCCUGCAGGAGGGGUCCUACCUGCUGUCUCAUGCUGCAGAAGACUCUUCCCUGCUGAUCUACAAGGCCUCAGACGGGUCGCUCACGAGGACAGCGUACAAUCUGCACAAAGCACACAGCGACCUUCCCGGGGUGCCUUCCAGCCUCUCGGUCCCCUGGGUCCCCUUGGACCCCAGCCUCCUGCUGCCCUAUCAUAUCUAUCAUGGACGGAUACCUUGUACUUUUCCACCGAAAUCAGUGAGUCCUACACUGUCACAAAAGGUCGGUGGAGGGAGAGCGCCAGCCCGUGGCCACAGGAACCCGGAGUCCUUGGAAACCUGGAGAGGUGGCCCGCCUGCUCAGCAGGUGGAGAACGAGGGCGUGCCUUCCAGUGGAAGAAGGAUACCUUAAGGCCGAGAUGGAGAAACCUGGGAGUGCGGAGAACCAGCCACAAGGUUCCCUUUGGGACGUUUAGGGAGAAGUGCACCCCGAGAGGGGAGAAGCUGGCGAGAGGCACUCCUUUCUGUCCCCUGAAGAGCCCUGGAGAGCCUGAGAAAACUGCAGAGAGGGAGGCGGCUCCCAGUGGGGUGUGCGCCAGCCUGGGCGGCUCCGGGCGCGGCCUCGCUGUGUCUGGAGGCAGGAAAGGAAGAAGAGAAAUGGCUUUAUGGGAGGCCUUGCCUAGAGCUUGUGAGCGGGAAAGUGAUUUG